AUGGAAGGAAUUGAUUCACGCCCCCAUGGCUACGGCACCCCCACGGGCGGCGCGCAUUGCCAAUGCCGCAUUCUCCACCUCCUCCUAAUCGCCAGCUGCAUUGCCAAUGCCGCCGGCGCCGAUGAUGCCCCGUCGCAGGAGCCCACCACACCGUCCUCGUCGUUCCAGGGAGAAUGGCAGCUCCUCCAUGCGAGCAUCGGCGUCUCGGUGAUGCACAUGCAGCUGCCGCCGGAGGACUUCGUCCUGAUGUUCGACCGCACCGACACGGGGCCCUCCAACAUCUCGCUGGCCGCGCUGGCGCCGUGCGCGGCCACCGCCAACGGCGCCGACCGCACAGCUCACUCGGUGCUCCUGGACCUCCGCUCCAACGUGCUGCACCCGUACCCGCUGGCCACCAACCCGUCGUUCCUUGCCGGGCGGCGGUGGUACGCCACGACAUGA